GGAUGUCCAAUCGCGCCGGAAGAGAAGAAGGUCUCUUUCCCGGCCAUCUUGUGGCAAUAUCUAGCGAACUGUUCGCCUCAAGCCCCGUAUAAUCGGAGGAGAAUCCCGCUGAAGGGGCGCCAUCAUGCCCGGACAUCUGCAAGACGGUUUCGGAUGCGUUGUAACAAAUCGGUUCGACCAAUUAUUGGAUGACGAGUCCGACCCGUUCGAGGUGUUAAAGGCGGCGGAGAACAAGAAGAAGGAGGGGGCUGCUGCUGGUGCCGCCAAGACCGCAGCCCAGGCAGCUAAGCAACCGAAAAAGGAGUCUCAAAAAGACAGGAAGAAUCCCCUUCUUGACAAGAAGGAGGAAUCGCAGGCACCUGUGCCUCUUAAGAAAGAAGGUAUCCGGAGAGUGGGCCGACGGCCUGACCCGGAGUCCCGGCAGCCAGGCCAGGGCGGCGGGCCGCAGCAGGGGGGACAGGGUGAGGGCAGGCCUGGGGACAGGAGGCCCGACCGGAGGCCCCCUCGUGAACGGCGGUUUGACAAACCGGCCGAGGACAAACCAGAAGGAGGGGAGUUCUCUGUGGAAAAGUCUGUGAGCGACAGGCCCCUGCGGGGGCGUGGCGGUGGGCGAGGCGGGCGCGGUGGUGGCCGGGGGCGUGGCAUGGGAAGGACCGACGGCUUUGACUCCCGCGGAAAGCGCGAAUUUGACCGACACAGCGGAAGCGACAAAUCCAGCCAGAAACCCGAAGAAAAGCGUGGAGGGAGUGGAUCUCACAACUGGGGCACCGUGAAGGAUGAGUUGAGCAGCGAGCUGGAUCAGUCCAAUGUAACUGAGGAAACCCCAGAAGGAGAGGAGCACCCACCCGCCGACUCUGAGAACAAGGAGAACGAGGUGGAGGAGGGGCCAAAGGAGGAGGGGCCUAAGGAGAUGACCCUGGACGAGUGGAAGGCCAUGCAGGACAAGGAGCGCGCCAAGGUGGAGUUCAACAUCCGGAAGCCCAACGAGGGCACCGACGGACAGUGGAAGAAGGGCUACGUAUUGCACAAGUCCAAGAGCGAAGAUAGACCUGCUGGUGCUUUAAUCGACACUGCAGAGGUGGAACCCGAGUCACCCGGCCUCUACCCAAAGGCCAAUGCCGACGAAGCUUCAGGCGACCACCAUUUCCGCAAGCCGGCCAAUGACAUCACAUCCCAGCUGGAGAUCAACUUCGGGGACCUGGGCCGCCCAGGGCGCGGGCGCGGAGGCCCCCGGGGUGGGAGGGGAGGCCGGGGCGGCCCUGGCGGGAGUGGCGGAAACAGGCCGGCACGCGGGGGCAGAGCUGACAAGCCCAUCGGAGUGUCUGUGCCCAAUGUGGAUGACCCAGAGGCGUUUCCAGCUCUGGCCUAAACGAAACGGUGGCCAGCUGACCCCCGCCCCCCCCUCCCCUGCCUUCCCUGAAAAGCCCUUCUGGGUCAUCCUCCACAAGGCUUGCAUGCUUACAGGUCCUUCAACUGUAACAAAACAAAAAAAAAAAACAAAAAAAAAACACAUGAAAAAAGACUCAUCUAUACCAUUCACACCCAAGGACUGAAUACCAAUUGUUUUUAAAAAAAAGACAAAAAAGUGGAAAAAGGACACUCCUGCUACACUGAAGCAGAAUAUUGGUAGAGGUUUUGUAUUUAGAAACAUGGUAGCAGGGAUGUUUUCAUACAGUAUUUUUUUUCAGAGAUUAUGCAUUCUUCAUGAAUACGUUUUGUAUUGCUGCUUGAAAAUAUGCAUUUCCAAAUAUAGGUGUGAAGAGUGUAUCGGUUAGCUCACUGUGUUCCAUGGCUUGCUUUUCUGCCCUUAAGAAUUACAACUUCAGACAGAGCUUUUAGGGAUCAUUUUCGAGCCAUCUAGGUCUACCAAAAGGAGUAUGUUAGGAGGAAGAAAAAGUUACUGCAUUAUUAAGUGAGAUGUACAGGACUUUUAAGUGCUUUGGUUUUCGUAUAUAUAUAUACAUAUAUAUUUUUAAAUGUUUAAGUGAAAGACCUAAAAGUCUAGUAACUCCACAUUUAUGAAGAUAUUUCAAAACUUUUUUUCUGAUAGUCGUGCGGUGUAAGUUAAUCGCCUCUGCCGUUUGAGCUUUUAUUCUGGUGGACCAUUGGUCCUUGUCUGUGAACCUAGUCCCACUGGAGAACUCUUAUUGUGGAUAAUUCAGUCGACGUGAAGCCCAAGCUAGUUCUGAGCCAGUCCUUGGUUCACAUAGGUAAGUUUUGUUUUAUUUUGUUUUUGUUUUUUUGUUUUUUUGUGUUGUUUUUUGUUUUGUUUUUGUUUUGGUUUUUUUGUUUUGUUUUUUCCCCAAAUAGAGCAAGGACCUUCGGACCACUAGUAGAAUGUAGUUUGUGUGAUGACCACUUAAAAAUUGAAGUACCCUCCCCCCAAUAUUGUUUUGUUCUGAAGUUAGACUGCAGCUUUAACGUCUUUAAUUUUACCCAGAUUAAAAGUUUUGUGUGAACCCAAUGGAUAUUCUAUUUUAAUUUUAUUAAAUGUCUACAUAUCUUGCACUAGGUUGGAUGAGACUAGUAUGAACUUGCCGGUUUUAUCGCUCUCCACACCGUGAGAUUUUUAUUUUUAUUUUUUACUUUAUUUACCUUUGUUUCUCCUGUUUUAGUUUACAGCAGCACUACUGCAUAAUUGUUUUCUGAAAGAAGUACUUAUUUUUCAUGUGAAAUAAGUCAAGUUCUACGAAGUGUAUGAAUGCUGACCAUGCCAGGAGACCUCUGUGUCUGUGUGGGAAAUGGUGAUUUGAAUCGGGCUGCUGAGGCCAGUUUUACAUUUGGGAAGGGCGGGGAGGUAGAACACUAUUAUAAGCAAAACAAAGCAGUAUUUGACAUUGGAACAAUUCGCUGGAAACAUACAGACACAGGUGGUUCAGGCAGAAUAUCUGUUGAACUGUUGGGUCUAGAUGCAGUUGGCCCUCUUGACUUAACACCCCCCCCCCCCCUUCCCUACUGCGAACAUCCCUGUUCUAAUAAAUUGCUUAGAGGUGUUACAUGUGUACUGCCCCACAGCAGUGAGUUGUGUGAAAUGCUUGCGGGUUCAUUCAUGGGUUUAAAAAAAAAAAAAAAAAAAAAAGAAACAUGUUGUACAGUAUUAUUUGUUUUAUAUUUUUGAGGAAAUUCAUAAUGCUGACAGGUAAGUAGUGUUUUGUCUUUGAUUGGCAGUGAAAUAAGUAUGGCAGCUAUGUGUCAGUGCAGGAGUCAGUGGUAGCCAUGAUCACAUUUUCUGACCCUUCUGCCUUUAACACAAGGGAUGACAAGUUUUUUUAUUUUCUUCUUUUUUUUUUUUUCUUCUUUUUUUUUUAUGAAGGAAUCUGAAUGUCGGAUGAUUUAAGUCAUCUAUAAUUCUAGUCCAAUCUCACCCACAAAAAUGGUUUGGGUUACAGCUGUAAUAGGAAUGUUACAGUUAAAGGGAGUGGUUUGUAUCUUGGGGUUGGCAAUUGUGGUUUGUUUCGUAGUUCAUAUCUUCAAUCGGUUAAAAUUGUGUUAAAAGUGUAUGUGAGCA